AUGUCAUCACCUGAAUUGACUGACGGUAUGUCGCAUAUCGAUGGUAUAUCCGAUCAAACUCGAGCUCGAGAGCUAUACAAGUACUACCAGCCUGCAGCCCAGCCAGUACCCGACGAAUAUUCCACUAGACAACCGAAUUCUGAUGCCCCGCCAAGCCACGAAGAAUUUGAACAAGACCAUGAUCUAAAAAUAGACUCCGACGUCUCUUCAUCCAAGAUAUCAUCUCCCGAUACAGCCUUGACGGUUUUUUGCCAGUUAACAGCAUGGCGCACAGGCUGCCAACGAGCGAUGAUUAGGUUUUAA